CGUAACUUUCUCUACUAAUGUGUUAUUUUAAUAUCAAUAUGAAUAAGCCAAUCAGCAGUAUGUGGUUUAGCCUUCUUUUGGUAUUAGUUCUUCAGAAUUGCAGGGUCAUUAGCUCAAGCUCUGCAUAUUUGGUUGGUCUUGGAAGCUAUGAUAUAACUGGACCUGCAGCUGAUGUUAAUAUGAUGGGGUAUGCCAACUCUGAUCAGAUUGCUGCUGGAGUUCAUUUCAGGCUGCAGGCUCGCACAUUCAUCGUAGCAGAGCCCGGCGGAAACCGUGUUUUGUUUGUCAAUCUUGAUGCAUGUAUGGCAUCUCAACUUGUCACCAUUAAAGUCAUUGAAAGGCUGAAAUCAAGAUAUGGAGACUUGUACGGUGAGCAGAAUGUGGCUAUCAGUGGAAUUCAUACUCAUUCUGGUCCUGGAGGUUAUCUUCAGUAUGUUGUAUAUAUUGUAACAUCCCUUGGAUUUGUACCUCAGUCAUUUGAUGCCAUUGUUGAUGGCAUUGAGCAGAGCAUUAUACAAGCUCAUGAGAAUCUUCGUCCAGGGACGAUAUUUGUGAAUAGGGGAGAGCUUUUGGAUGCUGGCAUUAAUCGAAGUCCUAGUGCUUACUUGAAUAAUCCUGCUGAAGAGAGGAGUCAGUAUAAGUACAAUGUUGAUAAAAACAUGACCUUGUUGAAGUUUGUAGAUGAUGAAUGGGGUCCAGUAGGUAGUUUCAAUUGGUUUGCUACUCAUGGAACAUCGAUGGGUCGAACGAACUCUUUAAUUAGCGGUGAUAACAAAGGCGCUGCAGCACGAUUCAUGGAGGACUGGGCUAAACAAAUGAGUAAUCCUGAACAGAUUGAUAACUCACAUGCUCAUAGAAUUUCUGAAAGUGAAAUGAGGCUGCUUGCAUCUUCAUUUGAGGCAUGUGGGGGAAGCCAUUCAACAAAACCAUUGAGUAUCAGAAAAUCAUUUAUGCAGGGCAACAAAUCAAAACCACAAUUUGUAUCUGCAUUUUGCCAGACAAAUUGUGGUGAUGUCAGUCCAAAUGUUCUUGGACCAUUCUGCACAGACACUGGCCUACCUUGUGAUUUCAAUCAGAGCACUUGCAAUGGAAAGAAUGAACUAUGUUAUGGCCGUGGCCCAGGUUAUCCAGAUGAGUUUGAGAGUACACGAAUCAUCGGUGAGAAGCAAUAUAACAAAGCUGUGGAUCUCUUCAAUACGGCAACAGAGGAAGUUAAAGGGAAGGUUGAUUACCGUCACACUUACAUUAACAUGUCAAGUAUUUCAGUAAGUGAUGGAGGUGCAGAAGUGGCAAGAACAUGCCCAGCAGCAAUGGGGUUUGCCUUUGCUGCAGGAACUACAGAUGGCCCAGGAGCUUUUGAUUUUAAGCAAGGGGACAAUAAGGGUAAUACUUUCUGGAAAUUGGUGAGGGAUUUCCUGAAAACACCAGGUCAGGAACAAGUGAAUUGCCAAAAACCAAAGCCAAUUUUGAUCGACACUGGUGAAAUGACUGAACCAUAUGCAUGGGCGCCCUCAAUACUGCCAAUUCAGAUAAUUCGUAUUGGACAAGUAGUCAUUCUUUGUGUGCCUGGAGAAUUCACUACGAUGGCUGGGAGGCGUCUUCGUGAUGCUGUAAAAACUGUGCUUACUAAUGCUGGACAUGGACAAUUUGAUGAUAAUGUGCAUGUUGUUAUUGCUGGUUUAACAAACUCAUACUCUCAAUAUGUGACCACCUUUGAGGAGUACCAAAUUCAACGAUACGAGGGAGCAUCCACAUUGUAUGGCCCUCACACACUGAGUGCAUACAUUCAAGAAUUCAGCAAUUUGACUUCAGCAUUAGUAACUGGUCAGGACAUUCCUGCAGGACCAAAACCUCCAGACCUUCUGAGCAAACAAAUAAGCCUGUUGCCUCCUGUUGUUAUCGACACAACUCCGGCAGGUGUAAAUUUCGGUGAUGUUAGCACCGAUGUACCCAAGAAUUCUACCUUUAAGCGCCGCGAAAUGGUGUCAGCCACAUUCUGGUCUGCUUGUCCAAGGAAUGAUCUUAUGACUGGAGGAACAUUUUCACUUGUGGAGAUUUUGAAUGGACAGAAUACUUGGGUCCCUGCUUAUGAUGAUGAUGAUUUCUGCCUGCGUUUUAUAUGGUCAAGGCCUCAUAAUCUUAGUUCUCAAAGCCAUGCAACAAUUGAAUGGAGAAUUCCUCAAACUGCAGUUUCAGGAGUUCAUAGGCUAAGGCAUUUUGGUGCUUCAAAAAAUAUUACUGGUUUGGUUAGCCAUUUCACUGGUGCUUCAACUGCAUUUAUUGUUGGUUAAA